CCUCAAACUCCUAUCCUUUCCCUCCCAAAAUUUGGCGGCACAAGGCCAAGGCAAAGAAGUAGUAGUGUAAGAGCAAAAUAAGAAGGGAAUCAUUAUCAUGCCCGAAGACGAAGAACAGCUUCAACAUCCCACCAAUGGCGACGACACGGCGAUCGGCUUCAAUCUGCCGGAAUCGCUCAUCGCCGUUCUUCCCUCCGACCCAUUCGAGCAGCUCGACUUGGCUCGGAAGAUCACUUCAAUCGCCCUUGCCACUCGUCUCGCGAAGCUCGAGGACGAGAUUGAUGGCCUCAGUCGUACCGUCUCCGAUCGGGAUGACCUAAUCGCCAACCUCCGCGCCCACAUUGAGUCCCUCGACUCCACCCUCGGCGAACUUUCUGGCCAACUCAAUCGCACCCAAGAGGAGAAGGAAACCCUUCUGAAAGAGAACGCUACGCUUUCUGAUACCGUCAAGAAGCUGAAUCGGGAUGUGUCAAAAUUGGAAGUGUUCAAGAAAACCCUGAUGCAGUCACUUAAAGAAGAAGAUGAAAGUUCUCAAGUUGGAGCUUCUAGGAUGGCCCAGAUGCAGAUUUCAAAAGCAUCAAGUUUUCCAUCUCGAUCUCACCUGGGAGAAGAGGAUUCUUCGAAUCGAACUCCAAAGUUAUUUUCCACAUCAGAAACUGGCUACGGAAUUUCUAAUGAUGGUGAUUAUAGUGAUGUGGAUGCUUCUGAACAUGGAACAUUACGUGGAUUUGAUUUACCAUCACAUGGCGGAACACCAAGGCUUACUCCUCCAGGAUCUCCUCCUAAGAUAACGGUAGGGUUAACAUCAAAAAGGCUUUCCCGACCAAUAUCUCCAAGAAGACAUUCCAUUUCUGUUACCUCCACAAGAAACAUGGUUGACGAUAGGUCGGGAAUGUUUUCAUCAAUGCCAGCGACCCAAAACAGCUCUAUUACUUCUCCAUUUGACGCAGGAGCACAAACAGGACGAACCAGGGUUGAUGGAAAAGAGUUUUUUCGUCAAGUUCGGAACCGCUUAUCUUCUGAGCAGUUCAGUGCAUUUCUAGCCAAUGUCAAAGAACUAAACUCACAUAAUCAAACAAGAGGGGAAACUCUGCGCAUGACUGAUGAGAUUUUUGGUCCUGAUAACAAAGAUCUGUACACAAUCUUUGAGGGACUUAUUACCCGCAACCUUCAUUGAUAUGUAAGGCAGUGGUAUUGGUUUUUUUACUUAAAUAGGCAGGUUGUAAUAAAAAAAUGGCUACUAGCUGUUUUAUUUUAUUUUAUUGUCUGUUAGACAAAUUGUCUAUUAGGGUUCAUUUGGUUUCUUGUAGAUUAAAAAACUAUAUUUGAAAUUGGUGAUUUCACAUUUAUUCA